AUGGCCCCAAACGCCGAAGGGUUAACGUUUCUGUGCGUUCAGCUUAUUCCAACAUUUCCGACAGCACACAAAGGCAGCAUGACUGUAACCAUUCAUGACGACGGAGGAAGUGAACGUAUCAGCUAGCAGUUUGCUUUGAACAACAGCUAAGUUACAUAGCUUACACGCAGUGAAACAGACAGUAUCUUCAAGGAUUGCCAUAUGGAUUCUCCUCGGCAAUCAAAGAACCGGAAUCGGGAGCCAAAGCGCGGCCAUAAUCAGUCAAGCACUCCUCCUCAGAAAGAUGCCUAUGCCAGGCUCCUCAGCCAGCACUGCAGCAGCAAAUUCAGUCUGUAUCUAGAGCAAUAUGCAAAAGACACAGCGUUUCAGAGGGAAGGAAAUGGGCCAAGCACACAGCUUAAAGCCCAGAGUGACAGGCUGAACAUACCACAACGAAAAAGGGACCAAGUGCCCAAUGAUUUCUCUGAUUCCAGUGACUUCUCCCCCUCUUCAAUGAAAAGUAAAGAAGAGGAGAGUUCUCUGUCUUUGUACAUGGAGAAACUAAGCAUGCGCAGUGCUCAGCAGGACUGUGAAAGGAAGCAGGGUGUGCCUGACAGACAGCGAUGGGGACAGAGAAGGGACACCGCCACCAGCCAAGAUGGAGACGUCGAGUCUGGCGAGGAACUCUCUUUGAAACCGAAGGACUCAAAGAAACACCAGAAACAGCAGAAGAAAAACAAGGAAUCAAAAGAGACAGAGUCUUUCAUUGGACGCCCCCAGUCUCCAAAGAACGCCGGUACAAGUGGACAGGAGCAAGAGAAGAUGAAAAAGUCAAAGAAAAAAAAUCCCCCAAAGCAGCCAGAGGAGCUGAACAACACAGAAGAGGCAUUUAAAUCUGGGGUUGACACUCAGAUGUCAAGGCCAAAAUCCCCUCAUGGUAAAGACAGAAAACUGCUGCAGCCCAGAGCUUCAAGUUCCAAUUCUCCUGCUGACAAGAAUAGGAACAAAGGAGGCAGAGGAUCAAAGAAACAAGUGUUUGAAUCCUACAUGACACUUGAGGAGGUUUCCCAUGGCCUGAAAAGAGGAGAACUCAUUCAGGGGCAGUUAAGAAUCAACCCAAAGAAAUACCAUGAAGCUUUUGUCCCAUCUCCUGAUGACACGCGUGAUAUCUUUCUGGAUGGGAUUGUAGCUCGCAACAGAGCACUGAAUGCAGACAUAGUGGUGGUGCAAAUCCUCCCUCGGGAGCAGUGGAAGGUUGUGAGGUCGGAUACUGACUGUGAUGGCGCCAGUGAGUCAGAAACCCAGAAAGAAAACAUGGUGCAAAGAGCACAGAAGAGGCCUGAUGUCAUUGUGGAAGACCGGGGUAGCGACCAGGAUGACAUCAUCCGCAAAGUGCAGAGUACCACCCUCACUGACACAGGGGAACCUCUGGAAGACCCCUCAACCCCACGGCCCAAUGGGGAAAUACUCCAAAAGACUGCUAAAGUGGUGUACAUCGUUGAAAAGAAGCACUCUAGAGCUGUGACAGGCUUCCUGAAAUUCCUCCCAGAUAAGCCUUUUGCCAUGUUCUCCCCUGUGGACCACCGGGUGCCACGGAUCAACGUUCUCCUCGGCAACUGCCCCGAAGACUUCACCUCCCGUCCAGGCGACUACACCAACACCUUGUUCAUCUGUCGGAUCACCAACUGGGCAUCUGACAGCAACUUUGCUGAAGGUCAACUUGCUAAGACGCUGGGUCAGGCUGGAGAAAUCGAGCCAGAGACGGAGGGCAUCCUGAUAGAGUACGAAGUGGAUUUCUCUGAGUUCUCAGAUGAGGUGUUGGACUGCCUACCUAAGAACCUGCCCUGGACCAUCCCACCUGAGGAGAUGAGUAAGAGGAGAGACUUGAGGAAGGAGUGUAUCUUCACCAUCGACCCUGCUACCGCCAGAGAUCUGGAUGAUGCUCUGUCCUGCAAACUGCUCCCCGAUGGAAACUUUGAGGUGGGAGUUCACAUUGCUGACGUGACCUAUUUUGUGACGGAGAACAAUGCUCUGGAUGCCAUCGCCAGCCAAAGAGCAACUAGUGUGUAUAUGGUUCAAAAGGUGAUCCCCAUGUUGCCCAGGCUGCUGUGUGAGGAGCUGUGCAGUCUGAAUCCUCUCACCGACCGACUCACUUUCUCUGUCAUUUGGAAAAUCACACCAGAGGGGAAGAUCCUGAGUGAGUGGUUUGGCCGAUCUGUCAUCCGCUCCUGCAUCAAGCUGAGUUACGACCACGCACAGAGCAUGAUCGAGGCCCCUGAGAAAAUGUUCUCUGCUGAGGAGCUGCCACCUUCAGACCCCGUGCACCCCAUAGAUGAGAUCCACCAGGCUGUGCUCAACCUGCACUCUAUUGCCAAGAACCUCCGAGCUCAACGUUUCUCAGGAGGAGCCCUCCGACUGGACCAGUUGAAACUGUCUUUCACUCUGGACAAAGAGACCAUGAUGCCUCAAGGCUGCUAUGUUUACCAGUAUAGAGACAGUAACAAGUUGGUAGAGGAGUUCAUGUUACUGGCUAACAUCGCCACAGCCCACCACAUCUACAAAAAAUUCCCCGAGCUGGCCCUGCUCAGACGCCACCCUCCACCCAAGGCCAAGAUGGUGGAUGAGCUGCAGGAGCUUUGUGACCAGUUGGGAAUCGACAUAGAUUUCUCCUCUGCAGGAACAUUGCAUAAGAGUCUCAACACUGCUCUUGGUGAUGAUGAGUAUACCACUGCCAGAAAAGAAGUCCUCACCCACAUGUGCUCCAGACCCAUGCAGAUGGCGUUGUACUUCUGUACAGGUCAAAUUAAGGAGGAGAAGCUCUUUAAGCACUACGCCCUCAACGUUCCUCUCUACACUCACUUCACAUCACCCAUCAGACGAUACGCUGACAUCGUCGUCCACCGGCUGCUGGCUUCUUCACUGAAUUGUGGGCCUAAUUUGGGGCUGGGGCUAAAAGAAGUCCACAAACAGUCAUCACACUGUAAUGACAAGAAGACUCUGUCCAAGAGAGUCCAGGAGCUCAGCUCGGAGCUCUUCUUUGGAGUGUUUGUGAAGGAGUGUGGCCCUCUGGACUCUGAGGCCAUGGUGAUGGGGGUGCUGGAUCAGUCCUUCGAUGUGCUGGUUCUCCGAUACGGAGUGCAGAAACGCAUCUACUGCAAGUCUGUUGCGGGCCUGGACACAUUCCACCAUCGCAAGGUGGGGAAGAAAUCCGAGCUGACUCUAAUCUGGACACCAGAGGACCAAGAGAAAGCUCCAGUAGAGCAGAUCAUUUCCAUCUUCACGUUAGUGGAGGUGCAGCUCAAAGCAGAAGGUGCACCCAUGAAAUACAGCGCAGUGCUCAAGAGGCCCGAGCUGAACGAGUCAUAAACGAGCUGCAGAGUGCACGAACUUGUGUACGAAAAAAAAGGAAUUGCACAUUUUCUUUUGUUGAUUGGUAGAAGUAGUUAGUAGUAGUUUAGAAACAGUAUUACUGUGGUGUGCAGGGAGUCACUGAUCAGGUCAGAGUCAGAUUUAAAUAGAAUUUUCCACCAAGGCCCUUUCCAGUGUUUCCACUGUUAGCCCAUUUAAUACAAAAAAACAGAACACGUACAUGAUGACUUUCCAUUUUCCAAAGUGUGUUAUUGUGUUUGAUAUUUUGGGUUCGCUAUCAAAGGAAGUUGCCUUUGUUUACAUUAAUUCUGGUACUACAGAUUCAUAUUUAUAGAUCUGCGAUAUGGACCCAGGUAUAGGGUAUGAAAGAUAAUUGGUAUUCUUACAAAAUUUAUAUAAAACAAUGAUUGUAGUAAGUGGUUUAAAACAUGGAAACACUGAUGUUUAAAUUUAGGCUUCUAGCAUCUCACUAAUGGGCACAGUAAUUAAUGCAAUUGUACACAAGCCCCGGGAGGCAAGUGAGAAGUGUUUCAUAGAAAAAGACAUUUAGAAAAAUGAUGCUUUCAAAACAUUUUUUUCUGUCGCCUUUUCUCAAUUCAUAAACACAGGAACACAGGAGAGGAAUAAUUUAGACCAGACUUGGAUAAUGAAAGAGCAGAAUUUUCUUUUUUCUCACAUGCCUCUGCGGGCUUUCAUAAAAUUCAGUGGAUAAAUUUCAAUUGAAUCGUGACCUGGGUCUGACAGUGAAAGAACCAAGGCAGCAGUUUUAUUUUGCUGUUGAUUAAUUGACCUUUAUGAGGACCGUUUUGGUGUGAUUUAACUGUUGUAUACAGUCUAAUAUAUGAAAGCUGAUUUUCAGUUUAAUGUCACUGACUCGUUUUCCCCCGAUUUUAAGAUUGAGGACAUACAUUUAUUUGUGUUAGCAAAGCAAUAGAUAUAUAUCACACUACUGACAUUUACUCUUAUGUCUGGCUACAGUGGCUGUAAUAUAACUUGUUGUGGUCAGAGUGAAGCUUCAUGCAUCAAAUAGUAAAAAUGUAGCAGUAAAAGUAAAGUAAAACCUUUGACUACAGGGCAGGUGUAUUAACAUCUGCAAUAACAGCUACCACAUGUCAUCUCUGACUUUUUACAUUGUUGUAUGUAUUUAUAGUGUUUUAUACAGGCAAGAGAAUGAAGGGCCUCCUCAGGUCCGUCAUGUCUCAGCCAUGAGCACAUAGGACUUUUCAUUUGAUUUAAACUCUUACAAAUAGGGACUCACAUAAGAGCUCACAUAUUGUUCUGAACUGAGGCACGCUCUCUGUAUUGAUAUAUACAUUUUAAGUGUGCAAGACAGGCCAAAGCUGAAUCAUUUCUCAACUCGUUGUUUUUAAUGACUUGAAUGUGAAUUGCUGCUGGAGGUGGUUGGUGGCCUUAAGAUCUUGAUUAAUUUUAUGUCUGUUCUUUUGCUCUGGAGAACUUCAAACUAUUGUUUGUGGGUUGUUGUUGUUUUUUAUCUCAGACUUGAUUUGCGCCACACAAAUUUUUUAUGAACCUCAUUUAUAUCAACUGUGAAUCUCAGCCUUAAUUUAAUCACAUGGUAAAACAAAUUUUUUUGUGAAGCUAUACAUUUUUAAAUGGUUGUGGCCCACCCUUUUUUGCUUUAACCGAAGCCUAGUCUAUAUGAACAAGGGUAUAUUUUUAAAUGUAGCUUUUUGUGUGUGUGUUUUUCGG